CCCUGUCGAUUUUUUUUUUCGAGUAUCCCACACAAAUAUCCAUAGGAUCAGGAUGCCUUUGUGUUAUAUUUGUAAUUGACAGUGGGGAAAAUAUGUACAAUUUGUGAAAGUUUAACCGAUUGCGGUCAAAGACCUGGCGCAUUGUGACACAGUCCCAACAAAGGGGAAAAUAUCAAUACGAGCAAAGAAACCAUUCUUUGUGCACCAGCUAAAGUAUAUAAUAAUAGACGCACCAACACUCACACACACUUACACACAAGCAGAGGGCCCAGAGCCAAGAGCGAUUGCAGAAUUUCGUUGGCGUUGCGUUGAGCCUCGAAAGAACAUAAAAGUGCAAUAGAUUUGUGUGCUCGUUUGGCAAAAAUCGACGCAAAACGAGCCAAGAGCCAGCGAAAUAGGGAAAAUAUCAAGCUGCGUUUGCUAUAAACAAAGCAGCGCCAGCGUCAGCUGCCCAGCAGCCCAGCAGCCAGAGGGCGACAGCAUCUGUUUAUCAUUGAAAAUAAACAAAAGGCCCAGGCCAUCCAUCCAGCGCGCAUCAAAGACAAAGAACCCUAGGGGUCGCAGCCCCAAAGAGAAGAGAACAGCCCCUAGUCUGCACGACUAUGCGAUACCCUGCCGCGAUCUCUGGCAUUUAAAGAAAGGAGUACGCGCUCCCUCCCCAUCCGUUAUCCCCGGACCGGAAGAGAGAUGCCUUGCGACAACGCCAAAACGUCUUCAGACAUAGAGCAUGUGGAUUGGAACUCCUCCGGUCAGCAUUAUGCCAAUGUCAGAUUCGGUUCUGGCAGCAGCCAGGCCUCGCAAAACAGCGGCGACAUCUGCCGCAUCUGCCACUGCGAGAGUGAUCCUUCGAACCCUCUGCUGACGCCCUGCUACUGCUCCGGCAGCCUCAAGUACGUGCACCAGGCCUGCCUGCAGCAAUGGCUCACUGCCUCCGAGACGAACUCCUGCGAGCUGUGCAAGUUCCCCUUCAUCAUGCACACCAAGAUCAAACCCUUCAACGAGUGGCGCAGCCUUGACAUCUCCGGCAUUGAGCGUCGGCGCCUCUGCUGCUCGGUGCUGUUCCAUUGCGCGGCCGCCCUGUGCGUCAUCUGGUCGCUGUGUGUGCUCAUCGAGCGGGCUGCAGACGACGUGCAACGUGGUCUCAUAGAUUGGCCCUUCUGGACAAAGCUGGCCGUAGUCACGGUGGGACUCACCGGCGGCAUCGUCUUCAUGUACAUCCAGUGCAAGGCCUAUCUGCAUCUCUGCCACCGCUGGAAGGCACGCAACAGAAUCCUGCUGAUUCAGAAUGCGCCGGAGAAGAUCCAUCCGCUGGCACCGCCCUCCCCAGUGGCCACCCGCCACCAUCAGCAUUUCAGUGAGCCCCUUGCGCACGGAGGGACAUCCAGUGGAGCGGUGGAGAUCAAUGCCACUGGCGUGGCUGCAGCCCAUGCCACGCACGACUCGAGCUGUUCGGCACUGGAGAACGGAGCGGGUACGGGCGGCCUGCACCAACAACAGAUGCAGCAGCAACAGCGGCUGCUGAAUGCCUCGCCACACCACAUGCUGCAGUUGGCUGCAGAGCUGGAGGUGCCUCACAGCAGCAGCAGCGCUUGCACUCAAACCGAAGACGCACUCGGACAGCGCCAGCAGCUACCGGGACAGCCCUUGGGUCAGGUGGCGGUGGCCGCCAACAUUGAGUGCUCGCAGUCGCAUCACAACUACGAUCGCGACUGGGCGCUGGACGAUGUGGUGUCGCAGAUCUCCUCGUUCAGGCCCUGUCCCCAGGGAUCGGGAAGCAUGACCCCCUUUCACGACUCCAUACACAACGUGCUGGAGCACUCGGAGGGCUCGAGUCGCGGCUCGGCCACGGAUCUGUGUGCGGGCUCGCGGCAGGAUCUCAGUGCCAGCGGCAUCUCCACAGACACGGGCCGCGAGCACGCCCUCCAGCUCAGCAGCUUCAGUGGCAGCGGGGAACAGAAGGCGCCCUCGACCAGCUCGGGGUUGUCGCAUGCCGUGGCCAAUGGGCUGGGCGGUUUCGUAUACAAGCCGCACCAGACGAAGCGCUACUCAAACUCGUCCAUUUUUCUGGAGAACCGUGAUAUGUUGAACGACCCGAGCGUGAGCCUGGACACCGCUGUGCACCCGUACGACUACAGCACGCCGCCAAAGAUAGACUACCGCCACUCGAGCAUUCUGGGAUCGGACCAGCCCAUCGGCUGCUGUGCCGCCGAUUGUCUGGGCAAGGGCGAGGUGAAAGAGGAGCUGCGCCGCUACUCAGACCCUAAGCUAAAAGCUAGUACGGCGGACACCGUGCUGGACAUUGACCUGCCAACGUCGCCCCUCUCGCCACCAGCAGCCUACGCCAGCCAGCAUCCGCAGCCCACUCUGGUCAUGCACCGCUCCUUCGACAGAGGCGUGAACGGGGCCUGCGCUGGACCGGAGGGGAGAUGCAAGGGACACAGUGCCACCGAUGCCCAGAUGGAUCGGUCGCGCCUCUUUUUCAAGUCGUUGCCAAAUCUCAGCAGCAGCUGCGAGAGUCUUAUCAAAAAGUGAUUGAAGCCCCCCCUCUAAGAGCUCUCUAUUACCCGAUACCCUACCCUCCCCGCACACCGGAGCCCCUUUGUUUUCAAGUAUUCAUCGCUGGUCGAAGCCGACCAACGAUCCAUUUACACACAAGAUACCCACAUAUGGAGAUGGACAUGUUUUUUAUACCGCACAAGCCCUGCUUUAACGACUCCUGCCAAGCGGAGGAUCCACUUAGUUGUUCUUCUCCUUGUUUUACAUAUUAUAGCAAACCCCAUCAACAAUUUGAGACUGCAAAGAAAACCACUUAAAGGAAGAUAAUACUGUACGAUACGAUAAGAGCAGGUGUGGAAUUUGUUCUUCAUUUGGAACAAAGAGAACAUAAGAAUGUGUGGAAUAUAUAACUAGUUUUAGUCGCUGCUUUGUCUCUGUAUUCGUGAUCCACAAACCCAAAAACACAUCCAACAUCCACAUCCACAUCCACCAGACAUUUCACUUGAGUUCCACAGCCCGCUGUCCAAAGCCAAAAAAUCCACAAAAACCAACAAACGAAAGUAAUAUUUAGUACGAGAUGGAAUGAUGGAGGAAGGAUCGAUGGAUCGAAGGAUCGUCAUGGUCUGAUGAUGUGAAAUGUGUACUUUGUUUCUUAACUUCUAAGUCAAAUGAAAUUUUAAAAAUUGAUCUGUGAUUAAGCGUCAUUGAAUAUACAUACAUACAUUAAAUGCAAACGUACAUCCUUACAUA